AAUAUUUUCCCUAUAAAUAACCUUAAGGUUCCUAGAAGAAAAUUAAUCAACUAACAAUAUCUUACAAGUAUAUAUAUUUAUUUGAUCUCAAAUACUACAUAUCAAUUAUUUCUUGAGUUUUUUUUGGAAGUAAUAAUGUCUGAUGGGGAGGAGAAGCACCACCACCACAUCUUCCACCGCCACAAGGAGGACGAAGAGCCUAAGGACCCCGAACAGGAGUUGAAGCAUCACAAGGUCCUUGGCCAUAUUAGCAAGGCUACCGUUGUUGCUGCUGGUGCUUAUGCCUUGCAUGAGAAGCACCAGGCGAAGAAGGACCCAGAGAAUGCUCAUCGCCACAAAACAGCAGAGGAAAUCGCAGCAACGGUUGCAGUUGGAGCUACUGGGUUUGCACUCCAUGAGCAUCACAAGAAGAAGGAAGCUAAGGAAAGACUCAAAGAAGAGAGUAGCCAUCAUUAAAUUAAAUUCAAACCGUGUGUUUGAUUUUAGUUCUAAUAAAAUACUCCAUAUUCCGUAAUUUAAUUUGUUUUGAAGACUUUAUUUGUUAUCUCACAUUCUCACGUACAUUUGUAUUAUGUUUUGAGUUGAUCAAUAUUCUUAUCAUUGUGUUUGUAACGAAAGAAUUGAAAUAUUUAUACAAGAAAUUUACAUUUAUUGUA